AUGGAUCCCUCGGACAUAUGGAGGGAAUUCGAAUCAGCUCGGAGUUCUGCCGAAUACCAUCUCGAUGAGUAUCUGCGCUACUUGGCCCAGUCUUGCCCCGCGAUAGACGGAGAGACAUGUCGAGCGCUACCAAAGUACAGCCUCGAUGCCGCACGCAUCAGCGUCCAUCACCUCAGACUGGCCUUUGAAGAGGAUAUCGGUUUGGUGGAUGAUGAAAGUCGAAACGUCUUGAAGAAGUCACGGUUCAACUUCCUCAACCUAGUGAACCCCGGCGUCGUUGGCUCGCCACACCUCCACCAAAUCGUCGGCGGCAACAGCUUUAACCCCACCAUGGACCCCUCCGACGACCCCGCCGAGCAGUCGACCUGUACGACGUGCACUUUUGCCGACGACUUUUCCAACUACUGGACAGCCGUCAUGUUCUUCCGCGCGCGCAACGGCACGUACAAGCGCGUGCGGCAGCAGGGCGUCGUCUUUCACGAGGACGCGCGCGAGGGCGGCAUCACGGUGUACUAUAUCCCGCCGGACGCGAAUCUCGGGCGAGUAACGGGGUUUCAAAGGGCUUCCGCAUGCGCACCGGUGACCCGGCGGCGCGCACGGCAGAGGAUGCGGCGAAAUUUCAGCAUAUUGACUAUACUUGCCUCUGGGACCCAUGUGUCGUGGCCUCUGGAAGGGGACAUUGACACUGGCGGGGUGUGUCCGGAAACGCAUCCCGUCGUAAUCCCGCGGGUUGUGCUCGAGAUCCAGUGGGACACGCGAGAGUUUAAUGAUUUAGACGGUUGGCCCGAGGAUGGAAGUCAGCCGUUUACGUGGAGCUUUGGCGACGAUGUCGGGUAUGGGAGUCACGGGGACUACAUAUUCGGGUGGAAGGGCGAUGCUCUGCAAAGAGCUAUGGAUGACGUGGAGUGCGGUAACCUAGUGUGUGGGUUGCCGCAACAGGGGAUUCUUGAAGCGAAUAAGUGUAUGCAGGAUCGUAUGGUGACGGAGGAUAUUGAUGAUUGGUUGGACACCUUACCAGGUCUGACGAGCGAGGAUAGCCACCACGAGCAUGGCGACGCGCCGUCUCGGUGUGCCAAGAGUCGGAACCGAAGGCGCGAUUAUUGA